CGCAUGAAUGGGGGACAUGCCAGAAAUAGGUAGGGAUUAGGUCUUACCAGUAAAUCCUUCAAAUCAUCCAGCGAAGCGUGGUUUUCUGUUGUCAACGUUCAACAAUCGCCAUCGAAGCUUGAACUCGUGGCCGCUAAAUUUGGACGUUUUUGUCUGCGGCUGGAGGGUUUCAGCAGCAUCAUCACAGCCCGCCGCAGCUUCCCCCAGCAGGAACACCAGCAACCCGAACACCGACCUCGGGCCUCUCCAGCCUCGGAAAACAACUGUUGCUGCUCAACACCAUCCGCAAUAUCAAUAACAACCCCCCGAGACCCCAUUCCCUCGCUCAUUCAGCCGCGAUGGCAGGCAGGUUCGUGCGCGCGUCGAAGUAUCGACAUGUAUUCGGGAAGCCGACGAGGAAGGAAUCUUGCUACGACAACUUGCACAUCAGUCGCAAUGCGUGGGAUACCAAUUUGGUGAAGGCAAACCCAGAAUACCUCGCCGUCAAUUGGGAAGCUAGCGGUGGAGGCGCGUUUGCGGUGAUACCAGUCAACGAGAAAGGCAGACUCCCUGAGCAGAUCCCUCUCUUCAGAGGGCAUACUGGGCCUGUGUUGGACACAGACUGGAACCCCUUCAACGACCGAAUUAUAGCAUCUGGCUCCGACGAUGGGAAGGUAUUCGUAUGGCAGGUGCCUCAAGGGUUCACACUGUAUAGCGACGACGAGGAGCCGAAUGAUGUUGCUCCCGUAAGCAGGUUGACGGGACAUUCGAGAAAGGUCGGACAAGUCUUAUUCAAUCCUGCGGCAGAGAACAUACUGGCCUCGGCUUCGGGUGACUACACAAUCAAGCUCUGGGAUAUCGGCACGGGCAAGGCACACCUCACAUUGAAGCAUGGAGACAUCGUUCAGAGUUUGUCAUGGAGCGCAAACGGUACCAUGCUGGCCACUACAUCCCGAGAUAAGAAGCUGCGUGUAUGGGAUGUUCGACAGGAGAGAGCAGCACACGAAGCUCCCGGACAUACCGGUGCUAAGAACAGUAGAGUUGUAUGGAUGGGCGAGCAUAACCGUUUGGCGACGACUGGUUUCUCGAAGAUGAGCGAUCGGCAGAUGGCAUUGUGGGAUGCAGGAAGCCUUGCAGAGCCAAUCGGUGGAUUCACUGUCUUGGACUCAAUAUCUGGUGUUUGCAUGCCGUUCUGGGAUGACGGAACACAAUGUUUGUACCUGGCCGGAAAGGGUGAUGGUAAUAUUCGAUACUUUGAGUACGAGAACGACAAAUUCGAAUUUCUUUCCGAGUAUAAAUCUGGAGAUCCCCAAAGAGGAUUGGCCUUCGUUCCAAGACGUGGCAUUAACGUCCACGAGAACGAGGUUAUGAGAGCAUACAAGACGGUUAACGACAGCUACAUCGAACCUAUAUCAUUUACCGUCCCUCGACGAGCAGAGGUCUUUCAAUCUGAUAUCUAUCCUCCAGCAACUGGCCUCAAGCCCGCAGUGUCCGCCGCAGAAUGGCUUUCCGGAAAGGAUGGUGUUCCAGCAAAGAUUGAUCUAGAGAGCAUAUAUGAAGGAAACGCACCGAAAGAGGUCCCCGCGGACUACAAGGCCCCAACACCAGCCCCCGCACCAUCUCCCGCCAAAACCCUAGCACCGAAGAAAGAAGAGCCCGCACCCAUUGCCACGCAAAGAGCUCCGCCUCCCUCCAUGUCGGAACAGAAAGGUUCGAUUGCUGCAAUGGCGUCCAAAUUCCAGGACGACGAUGGAGCAGAUGAGGAUGAUGAUGAGACCUCAAGUUUUGAAGAGAUCGCUAAGCCUGUUCAGAAGCACAUCCCCGCAGCUGCCAGAGUUGAAGCAAAGCCACCAUCUCCUGUCAAGAUAUCCCCAACGAAAACCUCCCCGCCAAAACCAGAGCCAGUAACUCAGCCUGCACCCCGGUCUCACCAAUCACCUGUUACUUCGCCGAGCCCGGCCGCCAUUCCUACUUUCCCUUCGUCGGGUAACGGGUCUGUGGAGAGCUCGUUGGAGCAGAUCAAGAACUUACUAGAGGCACAAACUAGGACAAUCAAUGCACAAAGCGAGAAGAUUGGAAAACUUGCGCAGGAAGUCGAUACAUUGAAGAUGAAGGUUGGAUCUGGGGCGCAGGAUCAGAGCGAGCGGAUUCGACAGUUGGAGCUGGAGUUGGAGGCUGCGAGAUCAUGAUGGUGGUUUGAACAGGGCAAAGUCACUUAUGCCAGGGGCUGGGGUGGGCGAUGGGAUACCAUGCUGCUUGUCUGUGUAUGGCGGGAUUACUGCAUAAUUGUGUUGAAUAACGAAUUGAGCGAUUGGGAAUCGAGAUGCUGUCUCCUUGCCACCCUCCCUUUUCUCUCCAACCCUUCAUCCUUG